GAUUGCUGCGAGUGAAGAUUUGAUAUUUAGGAGUAACCGUUUCAGUGUAUAUGUAGCUUAAUUUUAAGUUUAAGAUUUUUAUAUGAACAGUUAUGUAUACCGUUUUUGUUUUCCUUGGAUUCUUCGUAUAUUCUUCUGCCUACGAAAACCUGGCCCUUUUAAAACCCACCUGGCAGAGUUCAUCACAUAACGACACAAUUUCUGGUUCUCAUAAAGCUGUUGACGGUUUGAAAACAUACCUGACAUAUCAUGGGGGACAGUGUGGUGUAUCAGCUGAUAAAAGGACAACUGCCACCUGGUGGGUUAACCUCACAGAUAUUCAGCGCAUACAUAAUAUAAUGAUACACUACAGAACUGACCAUCUUGUGUGGAAUUCAUCAAAUCAAUUUACGCGAAGAUUCAUGGGGUUUUCUUUGUACGUAUCGAAUACAACAAGCAUGGAAGAUGGCUUUUUAUGUUUUCACGACAGAAACUGCACCAGAGCAACCAUACCAGCUAUUGUUAACAUAAGAUGUCCUUACCUGGACAAUAUGUCAUUUAUUAUAACGAAAGACCCGCAAGAAACAACAACACAUCUGAACACUCUCUGUUUGCUUUUGCUGAACUUUGUGAGGUGGAGGUAUACGGUUGUUCUGAUCCUAGACGUUAUGGUUCUAAUUGUUCAAGUGCAUGUCCUAAACAUUGCAAUGGAUACUGUGACAUAGAAUCUGGAAAUUGCUUAAGAUGUCUUCCUGGAUUCACAGGAGAACGAUGUGAAG